UUCGAUUACUGUCUUCGAGAUAAGUCGAUGAGUUGAAUAAAAUACAGGCAUUUGUGUAUUUUGUUUAAUAAUAUUAAAUCAAGACUAAACUAUUAAUUCAUAAAUAUAAUUAACUAUAAUUUAUUAAUUAUUUCAAUAAUAAUUAUAUUAUGGCUGAUGAAACAGAACAGGUUCCUGCAAUAAAUGUUAAAGAACCAUUGGAUUUAAUAAGAUUGAGUUUGGAUGAACGAAUUUAUGUUAAAAUGAGAAACGAAAGAGAAUUACGUGGACGUUUACAUGCUUAUGAUCAACAUUUGAAUAUGGUGUUAGGUGAAGCUGAAGAAACUGUGACAACUGUAGAAAUUGAUGAAGAAACAUAUGAGGAAGUUUAUCGUACUACCAAAAGGAAUAUAUCAAUGUUAUUCAUUCGUGGUGAUGGUGUUAUUUUGGUAUCACCGCCUAGCAUGAGAGCACCCAUGUAAAACAUACAUAUAUAUAUCGGGUAAAGUACAUUUGAAAAUUAAUAUACAAGAA